CGACGGUCUCAAUCAAGGCACUACAUUUCCCACGUUGCCCAUCAGGAGAGAACAGCUAUUACAUCAUCAAAAUGCGCCGUUACUGUGGCAACGCGAGUGACGGUUCCCUCCGGUUGGAAUUGUCGCCAUUAAGCUAGUUUGUCAACCGUGUUGGUAAAAUAUCGAUUUUGAUGCCAAAAAUAAGAUCGGACACACUGUGGGAGCUGGCUGCGGCGGAGGUCCGCGGCGGCGCGGAGGAGGACAGAGGAGAGGCGGUCGGCGAGAGGAGUGUGCUUCUGAUGGGGAGCAAGUCUGGGGGUAAAACGUCCAUUCUCCUCAGGUGCCUGGAUAGGGAUGAACCAUCCAAGCCGACUCUGGCACUGGAAUACACUUUCGGCAGACGGGCUCGAGGACACAGCACACCCAAAGACAUUGCGCAUCUAUGGGAGCUGGGAGGAGGGACCUCUUUGUCGGACCUUGUCCAGAUACCCAUUACUCCUGUCAGCAUCAGGUCUCUCUCUGUCAUCCUCGUUCUGGACCUCUCUAAACCCAAUGUCCUCUGGGGAACCAUGGAAAAGCUGCUGCAGGCAGCACAAGCUCAGUUGGAGAAAGUCUCUUCACAAUCACAACAAGCUGAGAAGGUCAAAGCUCAAGCUAAACACCAGGUGUCUGCGCCCUCGGCUGCACGCGGCUUACCUAAAGACUAUCCUGACAGAGAGCUGAUCAGUCCCUUUCCUGUUCCCCUGCUCAUCAUUGGCAACAAGUAUGAUAUCUUUCAGGAAUUUGACUCUGAAAAGAGGAAGGUGGUUAGUAAAACACUGCGUUUUGUUUCCCACUACUACGGAGCCUCUCUUAUUUUCACCAGCAUCAAGUCAGAGAGCCUAAUAUCAAGAGCCAAGAGUUUCUUCUCCCACCUGGCCUUCGGACUGGAAAGAGGGAAAACUGUGUCCUUUGACUCCUCCAAGCCUCUCAUCAUUCCAGCAGGUUCUGACUCCUUCAGUCAAAUAGGUACUCCUCCAGUUACUGAUGUGGACAUAACUUCGCUGCAUGCCAAAAAUCCAAAGGAUCUUUGGAAGAAAGUGUACGAGCGUGUCUUCCCCCAAGAGAGUACCAGUAAGCAGAGGGAACUAAAGGAUCCAGCCAAAGACACACAGUACAGCGAGCUUCAGAUUGAUGCCAUGAGAGCCCAGAAAGACCAGGAGUUGGAGCAGUAUAAGAGAAAUGCGGCUAAAUCAUGGAAAGGACUGGCGCUUGAGACUUGAUUGACAAUCAACUUUAUGGUCACACACAUACACCACAUGUUACAUAUACAUAUACAUUUUUCAUUAUUUAUUUCUGGUGUAUCAAUGUUUUUUUAUAUACUUAUUUGCGAAUUCAUAGAACUUAUUGAUCUACUUUUUCCUUUCAAGCCAUUUCUAAAUGUCUGUGUCCUGAUGAUACAAAGUUUUCCAGAAAAAUAAACAAUUUUACAUUA